AUGGCGGCCAAGCUCAAGGAGCUGCAGUCGCAGCAUCAAAAGAUUAUUGAUGAAAUCUCGAGCAUCCAGUCUGAAAAGAGCAAGCAUGUGACGACAAUUGACCAGCUCAACACCCAGCUAGGCGAGAACAAGCUUGUGGCUCAGGAACUGGAUCUCGUGGAUGAGAGUGAGGAGGAGGUUGUGUUCAAACUCGUAGGCCCAGCCCUGCUCAAGCAGGACCUGGACGAGGCCAAGGCCAAUGUGGCCAAGCGCAUUGACUACAUCACCAAAGAAAUUGAGCGUUACACAAAGCUUGUAAAGGACUGCCAGACCCGCGAGGAGGCGGCCGAGCAGAAGGAGCAGGAGCUCCGCGCCAAGCGCACCGAAGCCCUGGUAGAUGAGCUGAGCUCGGGCCUGGGGCGCGUCCACUUGGAGCUCAACACGAUUGUCGUGGACAUGAACGAGUAUGACCCAACCUUUAUGAACAAGGAUAUUGACCAUUACAACGCGCUGCGGGCUGAUAUUACGCUUGCCUUCUCCGUCACCAUCACCGUGCUCGGCGUAUCUGCGGGCUUGGCCUACGCUAUGGCGUCCCGGCCCUUUUCCAAACUGUAUGUCCAGCUGAACCAUCACGUGGCGCUGGCCAGCGCAGCGCAACUCAUUCCUCACUCCUGUCGGGCCAUGUCUUCUGACGUGGAUUGCAGGGGCGUUGCACUCCUGUACUUGGCCUUUACCGUGUGCUUCUUCCUGAGCGGCGGCGAGCUGGCCCUGUCCGUGGCCAUGAGUGACCUCUGCUCCGAUCCCAACGAGGGCUUUUACCUUGCUGAGAACGAGGAGCGUGAACGUAUGUCACCUGGUGUGGGCGAGCUGGCUGGACUUGGUUCGACACCACACUUGCCUCACCCUCGACUGGUGGCCUUUGCCUCUAGGUCUGAUUCGCACUCCUUCAACACGGACCACCACAUCUGA